UACGUAUGGGCAGACUAUGAAAUUCAGUUCCCCUCUGACAAACUUCCAAACAAUUCUCACCGAAAUAUCUAUAAGUCUUAACGUACAGCAGACCCGAAGAUCUCGCAAAGACCAAGUACGAUAUCGUAUUAUUCUUUGAGGGGGGAACAAGAAGAUAUUACCAAAGCAAAAAGACAAAGCAAACAACGUACUAUAUAAUAAUAGAAGGAAAGAAAAUGGGGUAAAGAGAUAGAAUCACACCCAAUUCAAAAAUGGGAUGAUAAGCAUAGUUUAUAUGCCCUGAUGUAAACUUACUCAUUCAUCCUCAUUUUAGGACAAAACCCAAAAAAAAUACAAAAAGCUGAAAUCUUGAAGGUUUUUUUUUUUUUUUUGGGUUCAAGAUUUUAAUUAUUAUUGGUGUCCAAUGGAGCCUCGUGUUGGUAAUAAGUUUCGGCUUGGUCGGAAAAUUGGCAGCGGUUCUUUUGGGGAGAUCUAUCUUGGUGCUAAUGUUCAAACUAAUGAAGAGGUUGCUAUUAAGCUGGAAAAUGUGAAAACCAAGCAUCCUCAACUAUUGUACGAAGCCAAGCUGUAUAAAAUACUACAAGGAGGAACUGGAGUUCCCAAUUUAAAAUGGUUUGGAGUUGAAGGAGAUUACAAUGUCCUCGUGAUGGAUUUACUGGGACCUAGUCUUGAAGAUCUCUUCAACUUCUGCAGUAGGAAGAUGUCCUUAAAGACCGUUCUCAUGCUUGCAGAUCAGAUGAUUAAUCGGGUUGAAUUUGUUCAUGCCAAAUCUUUUCUUCAUCGAGAUAUAAAACCUGACAACUUUCUUAUGGGAUUAGGAAGACGUGCAAAUCAGGUCUAUGUUAUUGAUUUUGGGCUGGCUAAGAAGUACAGAGACUCAUCAACUCAUCAGCAUAUUCCAUAUAGAGAAAAUAAAAAUUUGACAGGAACUGCUAGAUAUGCAAGCAUGAACACUCACCUCGGGAUUGAACAAAGUCGACGGGAUGAUUUGGAAUCAUUGGGUUUUGUUCUAAUGUACUUUUUAAGAGGAAGUCUCCCCUGGCAGGGGCUGAAAGCUGGCACUAAGAAACAGAAGUAUGAGAAGAUUAGUGAGAAGAAAGUUUCGACAUCAAUAGAGACCUUGUGUCGGGGCUAUCCUGCAGAGUUUGCAUCAUAUUUUCAUUACUGUCGAUCCCUGAGAUUUGAUGAUAAACCAGAUUAUGCUUAUCUCAAGAGAAUUUUCCGUGACCUUUUCAUUCGUGAAGGGUUUCAGUUUGAUUAUGUAUUUGACUGGACUAUAUUGAAAUACCAGCAAUCACAGCUUGCCAACAUUCCAUCUCGUGCCCUUGGCGGUACUGCUGGGCCAAGUUCAGGGAUGCCUCAUGGUCUUGCUAAUGUUGAAAAGAAAUCAGGUGGUGAAGAAGGUCGACCAACUGGUUUUUCUUCAUCAAAUCUUACACGUAAUAGGAGCACAGGGCUUCAUUUCAAUUCUGGAAGCCUAUCGAGGCAAAAAGGCGCAGUUGCUAAUGAUUUAUCCAUGGGUAAAGAGUUAUCCAGUUCUAAUUUUUUCCGGUCAAGUGGAUCAACAAGGCAUCCUGUUGUCUCUAGCAGUCGAGACCCAGUGAUUGCAGGGGGUGAUGCCAGCACAGGAUCACUGCUUAAAAUAUCCAAUGCUGCACAGAGGAGUUCACCAGUUGUGGACAAGCGCCGCUCCUCUACCAGAAACACGAACAUGAAGAAUUUAGAGUCCGCCGUCAAAGGAAUAGAGGGUUUAAGCUUUCGAUGAUGAGGGACUGCAUUAGUAGCUCUUCUUUGUCUCAAUUCCCCCUUUACUGUAUAUUUUGGCCCAGCAAAACUCAGACGUGGUGGAGUACGAGUUCUGAUAUUAGUUGCUGCGAGGAACCAUAAGCUGAAAUGCCGCCCCAAAAACGCUGCAAGGAUAUGUUGGGGUUGCAGAGGCAAAUUCAUAGAUCCCAGUUUAUGCUUGUCCAUACAAUUCAUAGAUCUCCUAUUCUUGUUCUAUCGUGGUAUUCUUGUUGACGUUAUGUUGUGAAUUAUGAAGACCCCCUUGUAUUAUUGCCGAUAAAUUAUAUUCCUAAGAGAUGUUUGAUGCUAGCA